UGCGGUAGCCGAGCUUCCACAAAGCUUUUCAGUAUAGGCACUCUUGUCCACACCAGAUAGUUGAAUGAGUAACAGCGCCAUGGUUGCGGUGGCCAUCUGCUGUAUUCUGGUACUGCUGGCAGUAUUCAUCGUGCUGAUCAUAGUAGUCGGCCAAACGAUGGGCGAACCGAAGUGAGAUAAGCUCCAACUGGGGCCAGGUCACUUCGCCGAUGGAUAGCCAAGGCCCCCCGGCUGUUAGAAUUUGGAUGAAUUUUGUUCCACAACCUCGUUAACCGCGGGUAGCGUCGACCCAGUACGGCGGAAAGCUGACCGGAAGACCGUCACCACCACCUCCACCACAUCGUUGAUUCUUCGGUCCCUCUACCAUUCCCACGGUCAGCUGACGUCCUGAUGAUCCAGUCAAGAAGAUCCCAACCAGUAGACAUAACGUCGCGUAACGCUCCGUAACGCCAAAACGUCAAACGCCACGGUAGAGAAGAGAUCCCCCUCAAGUUCACACGAAGAUUGCGAAGCGGAAACUGUACGCUGUACGCACGGUCGUACUCUCCCUUUCUGGCAACACUGUCCCUACUUCAACGCUCGCUUCAAUCCAGCACUUCAAAUCGCAGCAGACGCCUCCUUCCUGUUGGCAACACUACACUGCAAACCUAAUCUGACAGCCUACUCAGAUCAUCCUUUAUCCUCCUCCUCUAUCUCUCGCACGCACACGCUCUGACACACGACGCUUGACACCGCACAACACCAUCACGGUAAACAACAACAGCAAACAAAAGAAAAUAACAACAACAACUUUACCGGCAAAACAAACAUACAACCAAAAAAACGCAAAUGGAAUAAAAUCUUUCUCAUCAAUUCUACACAGCCAGUAGGGGGCUUGCACACGAAACACACGGAAACACACUCUUUCACGGCGAAGAACAAAGCAAACAAACAAAACAAAAACAGAAACAAAGUUAGGGUUAGUGAAUAAAAGAUAGGAAUCGGUUGAACAAUUAUAGAAACUAACAAAACGAAGCAUACAUUUAUCUAGGUGAAAAAAAAAUAUAAAAGAAAACAUAUCGAGAAAGCAAGAAAUUGUAAAAUUACACAGAUGUUUAGACUAGACUAAGACGCUAAGACAAAUGAUGACAGUUCUUUUGUUGUGUCGGAACGGUAAAACAACUUUCAUCAUGUGAAGAGUACGGCAAUUUUGCCACCAAUUAUAGUAUCAAAAGAAGACGGACUGGUGCGUGUGUGUGUGUGUGUGUGUAUUAUUUUCUCGGCGUUGAUAUUCGUUGGGCACGCGAGACAAGUGUAGUUGUUGUUGUUAGGAAGUUAUACAAAAUGGCGGCGCCUGAAUUAGUUUCAAAGUAGCGAAAGUUAAUUGUGUGAGUGGCGCGGAGUGUUAGGGCUGGUUGACAGGCGUUUUUUGUUCUGAAGGCGCGUGCACAGUUGAAAUGUGCCAAAAAGUGACGUUUUAUAUAGUAUAUCAACAAAUUGUAGGAAUUGGCGCGGUUAGUUUUUAAAACUGUAGGAGUGUGUUGGUAGGUUAACAAACAAUUCGAUAUGGGCGUUUACGGUAGAGUAGUUAUGUGAGGGGAAGGGUGAUGUAGUGUGAAUAAGACAGUUUGGCAGCACUGCCGUUUGACAGUUGCUCCAUAGACGUGUAUUUAAGAGAAAUUUUCAAA